AUGGCUUCCUCAGGAUUUCGCGAGAAGAGGAAGUUGGCACAAAAAGCAGAAAUGUUAUUCAAGUUUGAAGAAAAAGAGCGUUAUAAUAACAUAAAGCAGAUUUUAAAGAAAGAUCCUUCGCUAAGAAAUAAGGAAGAGCUUCAGUUAAUUUCUAACUCGCAAGAAAUAGUCCAAGAAAUUGAGAAGCGAGUACAGCGUCAAGAACAAGUAAAGCGUCGAGUUGAGGAGGUACAGCAACAAUUUAUCACAUUUUUAAACAUUUUUUUCACUACUGUGCUUAAUUCGGUCUUUUGACUCCAACAAAGGUUUUAGAUCCGUGUGAUGUGUUGAAUGAAAAGGCAACUGUAUUAGCUGAGGCGAUUCUGAACGCCAAAUGCCUGGUGGUUUACACUGGAGCUGGUGUCAGCACGGUGAGUGUGUAUACAUACAAUGUAAACUUCAGUGUUCAUUUGUUGUUAUUUGCAAAUUAUUAGUAUUUUUCUAAAUGAAACGUGCUAUUUUCCCUUUUAUUUCGUAGGCGGCUUCUAUUCCCGACUAUAGGUUUGUGAUACAUUAUCCUGUACAUGAUAAUUUAUUUAUUUUGUAUACUGGUACUGAAAUACUGGUAGUGAACUCUUUGAUUCCUUUUAGCUUGAUCGUAACAAUGACAUAACAUAUGUUUCCUUUGUAAAUACUUGUAGAGGCCCUGAAGGCAUUUGGACUCGUCUGUCUCGAGGAGAAAAACUAGGGUAAAUGAAGCGGAAUUUUCAUUGUAUUUUCUUGUUAAAAGUCAUUUGCUGAUGGGAGCAGUCUCCCUUUUCAUUAUACAUGCAGGAAGAAAUUAAGAAUCUGCUGUGAAAUUAAUUGAGGGGAUUUCAGUGAGGGAGAGUGGCCAAAUGGUUUUUUGAGUUUCCCAGCGUCACCACAAGCUGGAAUCGUGGAAGGUCCUUUGCUGCUUGAAGAUGUGUGACCUAUCUCAUGCCAAAAUAAUGGGAUACAACACUAAAAUAUACCAGAGACUGAAACAACAUCAUUGCUUGUAGUUUAGCAGCCUACGUGUAGCUGUACCCUCCCCCUGACAACGGAAAAAUGGAUUGAGGGCCCGGGGGUGGGGUACUCCCAUACAUUACCUAUAUGGGUAUGUGCCACCCAACGGGGUCGUGAUUUUGAAGCUCCUGAUUUAGAACGGGGUACCCAUUUCAGAGGUGUUUUCUAGAAUGGGGUAUAAUAUUUCGAACGCACGAAAGCUCCAGUGUUGUAAGCAGCCAUUUGAAAUUAUUCAAGGACAGAUUGCUUUUAAAAAUACGGUUCAAUGUGUUAACAAGCAAACUGUUGUACUCUUUGCACCCUAGAACGGAGUAUAAAAAAUUGGCCCAUUUCUACAACGGGGUAUCAGUUUAAGGGCGAAUUCUAGAACGGGGUAUCAAUUUUAGGGGAAAUUUUUUUUAGAACGGGGUGCCAAUUUGGAGUCCCGGGCGGCACAUACCCACCCAAAAAAUACCCAAGUGCCCCCCCCGGGAUUGAGGGAGCUCCCUCUCUUCCUUCCUCUCUCCGUUUUUCCUUUGUUGGGGGGAGCAUGUGGCUAACCGUAGGUAAGCAGUUUAGUUUUCUCAUGCCUAUUUGGCUUUUUCCUAGCAACAUGAUAACAUUCUAGAAAUAUUUCUGGGCCCACGUUUACAAUUGCUGAUUGGCAUUAACCUGGGGUUAAAUCAUAAUCCUUUUAAUUCUUUUUCUUUUGCUCAUAAGUAUUUUCCCUGAUAGAUUUCUCCAUUCUCUUCAGAGUAUCCAAUCGUAGAUAAAAAGAAUUAAGUUGAAUUUGCUUUUUAAGCUUUCUUAGGUGAAUUCAAAUUUCUCUCUAAUCCUGGAUAUUUAGUUUGACCUAGCUUUGAAGGACCCGGCCCUGGUGUUCAUGGUUUUCUAAGUUUCACAGUAAACUCUAAAUCAUUUUAUAAAAUGGCCAAUUGGUUUACUCCCUCCUGGUCAUGGCUGGCUAUUACUUUGCUAAAUUAUCUUUUUAUGUUGUAAUGGAAAUAUCAGUCAUCACACCCCCUUGAAAGUAAUAUAUGAACUUGCAACAAAUAUUAAUGAAUUUGCGCUAACCAGCAAAUAGAUGGCAAGACCUAGAGUUAUUGAGAAUUUGUGGUAAAAAUAGCACAGAAAAUUAUCUGAGAAAAUGCUUUUGAACACAAGAUAAAGAAACCCAGGUUAAUUUUAACCCCGGGUUAACCGCUAAUCGGCCUUCGAACAACUCGGCCCUGGUUGAAGAGAGACAUAGUGGAGUAAGGUUCCCUGUCUAAGGAAUCAACGCAAUGGGCAAGGCUUGAACCCCUGACCUCCAGAUCUACAGUCCUUGGUGUUAACCAUGCAGCCACACACACCUCCUGUACUUACAUGUAUACUUAAACGUUUUUGUUUUAAGCUCAUACAACUUGGCAGAUGCAAAUCCAACGUUAACACAUAUGAGCAUCACAAAACUCUAUCAGGAAGGACUGGUGAGUAUGUUAUCAUCAUCUUGCAUGAUUCUUGUUAAUAAAAACAAGUGGGAGGAAGGUAGGACUUGAGUCAUAUACACAAACAAAUACAUCAAGUUGUAUUUGAUUGUUACCAUUCAGGGCUGUUAUCAAGGGCCAGGGACUGGGUGUGAAUGUGAUCCCCAUCUACUUUCAUAGGAAAAAGAGGAAAAAUGGAAAUUAUCUAAAGAAAUCCCAGCUGUUAUAUCUCCCACCUGUUCAAAAUGAAAUAAUGAUUUAAAAGAGUGGAGACAAUAAAUAAUUGGGGACUAUUAUUUUUUCAUAACAGUGGAAGGUUUUAAUAUUACAGAUUUAUGAAUAUAGACAAUAAUUAAUACGAGCAUGUAGCUCUUGCCAAAUAAUUUCUGACAAAGAUUUCAUCAAUUUUGAAAAAAAAAAUGGAUUGGAUUGAUAAGUAUACUAUGUCAAGUCAUCAUUUGCUUAUUUCCAACUUGCACCAUGGCAGGUCAAACAUGUGGUCUCACAGAACUGUGAUGGACUUCAUGUGAGAAGUGGGCUUCCACCUCAGGCUCUCUCAGAGGUUCAUGGAAAUAUGUUUGUUGAGGUUUGUGUUACUUUCAUGGUGCUGAAAGAUACUACCAAAUUGUUUGACAAUUUUGUACAAAUAAGUUUUUUAAAUUCAUUCUUGUAGGUUUGCACUGAGUGUGAAGAAAAUGACACAAUAUACUAUCGUCUGUUUGAUGUGACAGAAAAUACCUGCCUGAGACGACACCUAACUAACCGAUACUGCCACUGCUGUGGUUCUCAAUUAAGAGAUAGUAUAGUACAUUUUGGAGAAAAGGGUAAACUACGAUGGCCAUUAAACUGGGAAGGAGCAAUAGAGAAAGCUAAAGUGGCAGACUGUAUUCUUUGUUUAGGAUCAAGUCUUAAGGUGAUUAUAAUGUUAUUCAAAAGCUGUCUUUCCUUGAGCUGAGGGUAUUCAUUUGAUGGGUGACUUCAAUUAUGAUCAAUCGUUGUAAGCUUUUCUUGUGGAGAAGCUUUAUCCUGCUUGCUUAUUGUGACUGAAAGAGAACUGAAAAUCUGGUGAAAUUGAAAGAAAGGUGGUCCGAAAACCUGGACAUCACACAACAAACUGGAGAAAAUGUAAUUACUUAUAACAAAAGUAUAAUAUACCACUACCCUUGAAUGAGGCUAUAGGCUUCUGCUAUUAACAAUGGCUAGAGCUUGAAAAAUGGUAGUACACUCUUGCUCUUUGAUGUCUUUGACUUGCUUGUAGCUUGCCAUUUCAUUUUUGAAUUAGAAAGAGCAAGAUUGGUUCUGACUUUUACCCAGUCAGAUGACAAGCUGCCUUAAAAUUAUGACUAUACAUGGCACACAGAAAACCCUCUGUACGUAAUAUUACUAAAUACCAAUAAAUAGCGGGUAAUUUUACAGUGGAAGGCUGUACACUAUUGUGAGACAAAAACAUAAACUUUAAGCUACGUGUAUCUUAUUUUUGAGCCCUGGUUACUCAAAAUCCCAAAGGAAACAGACAGUUCAACUUAGCUGAUGAGUGACAUUGGGUAACAAGGUUUUACUGAAACUUCUUAUAGAAUUUUUAAGCAUUGCCGGUUAUAAAGUAAUUAAGACAGACUGAGCUUUUCUUAUGAUAGCAAAUAAUUCACUUUUUCCUAAUUUCCUAAAGGUCUUGAAAAGGUACCAUGCUCUAUGGGGAAUGAAUAGAGUAAAGUCAAGAAGACCUAACUUGUACAUUGUCAACCUUCAGGUAAGUGGGAGCCACCUACAGCUCCUGUACAGCAGCUAUAAUCAACUGAACCUCUCCACUACGGCCACCUUGAAGACAGAAGAAAGUGGCCAUUGUGGAGAGGUAGCCGUUAGUGGGGGUUCAACUGUAGUUGUUUAUGAAUGAUCUAAACUAUAGCUUUUAACCUGUCAAGAUCCCAAAUGCGUCUAUUGUCACAGUUAAACAGUGUUUAUGGUUCAACAAAUUGUCAGUUGUCCAGUUGUUCUCCCGUAGUUAGUUUUGCUUGAUGCCAUCAGUAAGUUGUUUGUACGGUGUGUCGGUAACUAUUGACUACGAUUCAGUGGUGUUUGUUCUAAGUGAGUAAACCAGCUUUCUAAAGUGAUAGUAGUCUGUAGAAUACGCAAUAUAUGUGGCAGAGUCCCAGUCGAUGUGAUGUUUUGUCUGUAAAUGUUGCUCAGCAAUGUGAUUGUUGACGCCACCAUUUCUUGUCCCUUGUUUGUGUUCGGUCAGUCACGUGCCAAGGUUUCUGCCGGUUUCACCCAUGUAAGUAGCCUGGCAGUUACAGCAUUUGAUCUUGUAUUCUUCUCUCUGUCUGUCCUCUGGUAUGUCUUUGUCCUUGACAUUAGUAAGUAGUCAUCAUAAAGUGGUUAUCGGUUUGUGUGCAACACGUAUAUUGUAAGGUUGUAGUAUACGUGUGAUAGUUUCAGAGGUGCCUCUGAUGUACGGUAAAGUUGCUAUCGUAACAGGGCCAGAGUUGACGUUGGUCUGAGUGUUAGAAUCAGUGUUACUGUGAGUGUUCUGUAUAACAAAGUCCAUGUUGUAGUUGUUUUACAAAAAUUUUGUAACGUUUUGUUUCUUCAAUCAGUUCUUUCUGCCAGUUAGUUUGAAACUGCGUAGUUCAUCACAUGUAGAUUAAUAUUUAGUGUGUUACAUUUUAAACAGGAUAAUCAACUAAAGUAAUGUAAUACGUGCAUAUUGAAAUGUAAGCCCACUUUUUCACUUUUUGUUUAAGUGGACACCAAAGGAUGACUUGGCAACUUUGAAGAUAAGUGGUAAGUUGCCAAAAUGACAAUACAGUGAAAGUUUAUUUAUUACCAGACAUUUAGGCAACCAGCUCUAACUAGCCUGUUAAAUAUUUAUAGUAUGAAAGCAGUAGUACUUAUUUAAACUAUGCAUCCAUCCUUUUUUAUAGCAGACAGAGAUCCAUGUACAUGUAUAGUGGUCAACCUUAAACGUGUGUGUUUCUAUAUGUACGUAUUGCUGAAGAGGUCCACAUCACCUUUCAAGCUGCCCUGUUUAUAGAACCUUUUUGAUAUAUGAAAAAAAAGUUUGACAUUGAUAAUGAAAUGGUGAUUUCUUUGGCUUGUGCAAUUUCAUAUUAUUUGAAGACAGCCUUUAAUAGCAUCACUGUAUCAUUAAAUCACAAUUUUCACUCAAGUUGUCCCCAGUGCCCUUAUGUCUAGAAAUGUCUGAUUAGUCUACCAGUCUGGACAGGAAAUAAAUCCUGUCGUUUUUUUGUCAAAAGGUCUAUGUUCUUACUGUAAUUCAUUUUCCCAAGACUUGUAAUACUAGCACAAAAAACUACUUUUUCUUGCUUUGUGUUGUAGCUGUUGCUUUCUGAUUACUAACAGCUUAUUUUCUUGUAUACUCAUUGUAGGUCGUUGUGAUGACGUAAUGAAAAGAGUAAUGGAUAAACUGAGCUUAUUUGUUCCACAAUACGAAAGGUCAGUCAACCUUAUACUUUUUUGUCCUUGUUCAGUCCUACAUCAUUAAGCAUUCUUGAUCUGUAAAUGGACACUUCACCCAUGAGCUACUCUCAGGACGUCAAUUGAUCGGCAACAGUGAUAAAGAAAGGCACCUUGAAGGUAGUUCAAUAACAAGUACGAGAUGAGACACCUUGUCACAAGCUUUUUCCACUUCUACUUCCAAAAAUAAGACGCCACUAAGUUAUAUACAGUUGUGUGGAUGUUUGCGUAUGUUUUAGAGAUAAAGGCAGGUGGGGGUCUGUAGGGUAACUCCUCUCUUCAAUCUUCACUGCGGGCUCUAACUGAUCUUUCUAGAAUCAAAGCACACAAACGAGCUGCCAACGAGAAUGCGAACUGACGAAUCAAAACCUUAACAAAAACGGGCGCAAAUAUGGCCUUGUUCUAAAAUUGGCAUGUGGUGGUUGGUUUGCUGAGAAGCUGCUCAAACGUUGCCAUUCAUAGCUUUAAAAAAACCUUUAUCCAAACAUUAUCAUCGCGAAAAGCAGGAAAAGUGGUUCUGAGAACAAAACUCCGGCAAUUUUGGUGAGCACAAGUAGAUACUAAAACACAUUUACUGGUAGUAAUUUAAUAAAACCAAAUCGUUGGCGAUUAUUGAAGUAAUUAAUUAUUAACUCCAUAACAAACGGCUUAAUUGCAGCUGUUGUUCAUACACUAAGUCCAUAAGUAAUUGUGCAAACGAGAGUAUUUUUCUCCUUAUCUCUUGUAGGUGCAGGGAUUCUCUUUUCACACUAGCUACACCUCUGAGGCCUCAUGAACUAAACUCAUUUAAUACUAAAGGCCUGAACAUGUUUGAAUUGGAUCAGUUUGAGACGCCUGUUUGCCUCACAACUGAAUCUAAAACUAAAGAGGACAGUUACAAUGGCCUGAAUGCGGAAAAUGACGGCAGUGCGGUGGAAACAGCGACUGCAGACAGUGUUGCAGCAUCAGGACCUCAAAUGCAGCCAGGAUGGUUUGGCAAAGGUUAUGCAAAGAACAAAAAAUCACGAAAAAGACGGAGAGUAAGAUGAUCUGAGCUUCAAUUAACAACAGAACAGGAGUAAAAACUCGAGUGAAGAAAUUACAGCCAUAAUAAAUAGAGUUUGUUGUGAGAGGAGAUUAAAGAAGAAAGGUUGACUGAUUGACACACGCAGCAACAAAUGGUUUACAAACAUUUGAAAUUACGUAAAAAUUAUGAACGUUUAACCUUGGUUUUUUAAUUAAAGG